CCAUACACUGCGUCCAGCGGACAUGAAUGAACCGAAAAGGCGAUAAAGGAGGAGGAGGGGACAAGUGUGCAUUCUUCUCUGUCGUCCUUGUUUCCUAAAGGACAUGGGUGUUCCGUUCUCACCCAUCCCUCACGUUUCUAACCCCCCUCCGCCUCCUUUGUGAAAAAAAAUACGGGAGGAGGAGGGUGAGAGAGAAAAAAUGAAGUCAAUUUUACAACACCCCGUCUCUGUGAAGCUCCCUCCUCUCCUCCACAGCUUCUUACUACUACAGCUGGCGGCUCCACAUGCGCCGCGGCGCUCCGUAGCCUGCACCGGGCACACCGGCUCCAGUCUGUAGGCAUGUCGGCCGGCGGCUCUGACGGGACUGCGGACCGGGCAGCAGAUGUACCAGAUCCUGCUGCAGAGGACAAAGGGCGAAGUCAAGCCGGUCCCUCGCUGUCAGCUACCGAGCUGCCGAGGAAACGAAAGGGAGAUGUGGAGGAGAGGUCAGACACCCCUGUACAGCAAAGCCUGGACUUCCAAAUGGAUGACGACCUCAGCAGAUCCGAGGAGGAGGAUCAGCAAGUCAAAAUGAAAUGCUUCAGGGAGCCUCACCGCCAGAUUGAAAAGCGGCGGAGGGACAAAAUGAACAACCUCAUCGACGAGCUGUCUGCCAUGAUCCCUGCAUGUCAGCCCAUGGCUCGGAAACUUGACAAACUCACUGUGCUGCGGAAGGCUGUACAACAUCUGAAAGCCCUCAAAGCUGGGACAAGCAGCGCCUUUACAGACACCACCUGCAAGCCUUCCAUCCUGCCUCAUGAUGACCUCAGACACCUUCUGCUCAGGACUGCCGAUGGGUUCCUGUUAGUUGUAAGUUGUGACCGGGCGAAAAUCCUGUUCAUCUCAGAGUCUGUCUCCAAGAUCCUCAACUUUAAGCGGAUGGAUCUGACUGGGCAGAGUUUGUUCGAUUUCAUUCACCCCAAAGACAUCAACAAGGUGAAGGAACAGCUGUCAUCUUCUGACAUGUCCUCUCGCCAGCGUCUCAUUGAUGCAGCAACUGGGGUCCAGGUCCAGGUGGACGCUCCGGUCAGGACAUCCCACUUGUCCUCUGGUGCGCGUCGAUCCUUCUUCUGUCGCAUGAAGCACAGUCAAGUGGCAGGGAAACACGAUGACAAACACUCACUGCCCAGCACUUAUAAAAAGAAAGACGCGUACAGAUAUUGUACCCUCCACUGCACUGGAUACAUGCGUAGUUGGCCAAGUAGCCAGCUGGACUCGGAGGGCGACAUUGACAAGGAAACUUCAACCCUGACCUGCCUGGUGACGGUGUGUCGCCUGAACCCCCACGUGUCCCAACAUCCUUCCAAAGAAAUCAACGUGAAGCCCACCAAGUUCAUCACCCGCUGUGCGAUCGACGGCAAGUUCACUUUUGUUGAUCAACAAGCCACAACAGUCAUCGGUUAUCUGCCACAAGAACUUCUUGGCACGUCGUGUUAUGAAUACUUCCACCAGGACGACCUGCCGCACCUCGCAGAGAAGCACAGGCAAGUUCUUCGAAGCAAAGAGAAGAUUGAGACAAAGUGCUACAAGUUCAAAACAAAAUAUGGCUCCUAUGUUUCACUCCAAAGUCAGUGGUUUAGUUUCACAAAUCCAUGGACCAAAGAAGUCGACUUCAUCGUGUCUUCAAACAAGGCUAUCCUGGGGCCUGGUCACACAAAAGAUGACGAGGGAGCGAGCAGCUCUAAAACACUUCAGGAAGACACAAAGCAAAUACCUGUUAUUCCCGGCCUCUCCAGUGGUGUGGGCACUAUGAUCUACGCAGGCAGCAUAGGGACCCAAAUAGCAAAUGAGCUCAUUGACACCUACAGAGUGAACUCGUCUCCAUCAAGUGGAGCUUCCAGUCCGUUUGGUCCGGUGCUGGAGAAAUGUCCAAUAGUUUCCCCACAAACCAGCAGGAGUGGGUCCAGCAGAGAGGAGACAGCAGGCACUUCAUCAGAGUCCCAGUCUGAGUUGAGGACAGCAGCGGGCGCUAGCAGCGCAACUUCUGAAAGUACAGAUGAGCCGUCCCAGCUAGACUUGGACAACAUGGUGGUUCCAGGCCUGAGCAGCUUCAGCAGCGAUGAAGCAGCCUUAGCGGUCAUCAUGAGCUUGCUGGAGACGGACGCCAACAUGGGUCAAUCGGGGGACUUUGAGGACUUACACUGGCCUUUCUAGAGGGCGCUCAGACUUUCAGCUCCUCUCACACGCUUUUGUGCCGUUUCUUGCCCUUUGCCAAGAACUUGGCCUUUCAGUUAAUAUUGAUGUGGCUGAUGACUGACCUGGCUUUGCACAACUGAACCCACUGGACUUGUACCAAAGGCAGCAACAUGUCAUACUUGAGGAUAGAAGUUUAGGUUUAUAGGAAAUAUUGUGACUGUGAUUACUUUGUUGGUCCCUUUGGUCGUGCUUGAAGGAAAGGGAGGUUCAAAUGCCCCUGGAGCUUGUGGUGAUUCAGAGUCUUCCUCAGCAUCCCCAAGGGGGCUUAGACCAAGACUUUCCACAGCAGAGCGAUGUAUUUGCUCUGCUGCCCUCAGUGACCAAUGUCUGGAGGAGAAUUGGACUCCUGCCAUGUGCAGUGCUGCUAGAGAAAUUCCUCAAACCUUUGACAUUUGCGUAACCUUCGGUACACUGUGAUGACAGACAUGUUUUUCAGAAGAUGGUCUGAUUGUUCUAUUUUUAUUUUAUUUUACGGUUUUAUAAAGAUCCCUACCAGACACCGUUUCGGUAAAAUACUCUAAUUUGGUAAUGUUUUGUCAAAAUUUGUGUCCAGUAAGGGCUGAGGAAAGCUAAACAAGAAUGCUACCCUUUAUCCCCUUCAUUGAGAAUUGCAGAUACAUAUGCAAAUAUGGUGGUGCCUCCAGCUUAGCACCACUAGUGGUCCAUGUUACAUUCCAUAAUGGACUUUUUAAACACAAACCACUUGGGGUGGGGGAAAAACUGAGUCACAUAGGAAUGGAGAUUUUUUUACUGUUAAUUCUUAUUCUUACCUGAAAAUCUGAAUUGGCUUGCAAAUGUCAAAAAUGCAUUAAAAUUACAUUAUUAUAACAAAGGACUAACAUAAAUGAAAAGAGGCUAAACCCAAACUGGAGGGCACAGUGCAAACAGACUAGAAGUAUUUGGGGCACAAUUUGGAUUUAAAGCUGGGGUAGGCAUAAACUUAAACAAAACACACCAGAUUUGCAGGCACAUAUACAUGUGCUUCAUACACAGGGAGCACACAAACAUGACAUUAAACUAACCAUAGUCAGAGUUGUGAGCCUUUGGUUACACAACCCAGCCAACCACUACAACAUAUUUAGAUAUUAUAGUAAAGAAUGCAGUAUUCAAUGGAUGCAACUCCAGUUCUAUGAGUACAUUUUGCUGAUACUGAUGUUUUAUUGCAUUUAAUGUCUCUAUUAGACUCUCUUAUGAAGAAGUCCCUCUUCUUUUUUUGGGUUGCCUGCACUUUCAAUGCUGGCAAAACAACUUUUCCUGCAGGAUUUUGCAGAACAGCAAACAGGAAGUCCCUCUUUCUGGGAUAAAUUUUCUAGAGCCUGAAAACGAAGCCAGGAGGAGGUGCAGAAGUCUGAAAGGUUAUUAGGAAAAAUAACUACCUACCCUGGCUUUAAUCACGUAAUAAUUAGCUUUGCAAGUUGAGCUAUUUUGUGAGUGGCCCUUAGCCCAUCACAGACUGUCAACCUCUAACACACCGACACAGUCUGCACUUCUUCUUGGCUUUACACUUUGACUAAAUGGCCUGUUUGAUUUUAAAAAUCCUGCCCCUGUAAAGAACCACAGUGGCUCUCCCAGGUGCUAGCAUUGCAGCUAAGUGGCUCUUCUCCGUUUCUUGGGACACACUUAAAGCUGACAAUGCACAAUUACUCAAGAACUGAUCUGUGACACCAAGAAUGACCAAAAGGUUUGCCAAAGAGUCCUGCCCCUAUAAGUCAUAUGUACUGUAUUAUUUAGAAGUAAGACUGAUUCUAAUCACCUAUGAUCAGAGAUUAUUUGAGAAGCUAAUCUGACUCGUCUUCUGAUGAGCUGGACAAGGUCUUUUCAUGCACUUUGGUGCUGACUCGUCAUUUGAUUAGACCACAUAAGUAAAGCUGAGUCUAUCAAUAUGAUCUGGGUGAUUGCACAAUUAGAAGAGAUUAUUAAAGAAUUCUGAAAGCAUUUAAAUUUUUAUCUGGCACCACCACAAUACGUUUUCCAAUUUUACUAGUAAAACGAGAGGAACCCUUUACGUCAGGACAGUUUUUAAUGAAAUAAAUACUUGAAUAUGUACUCCUGUUUACAGUAAUGGUCCGUGGAUAAAUGGUAGGUGUGUCGUUGGGUUUGUUACACAACGAAUUGUGUUGGACCAUCAAGUUUCUUAUUACAUAGAAGGAAGCUGACACUAAAUAAACAGGUUAACCACUCAAAGCAACCUUCAAUGAAAAGUUUUGGGCAUACAUCGGAUAUUUCAAGUUUUUAGUCGGAGAAAUCACAAUUCCAUAGGUUCCAGUGUCGCAUUAUGAUCAUAUAUUUAUACUGAAAUGUAGGGGGAAAAAAGAACUCCAUUAGAGUAACGUGAUGACAGCACUUAUAAAGAAAUGAAAUGAGAGGGGUUUCAUGGAUUAUAUAAACGAUCAUUUUUAAAGGAUCCAUUUUAUUGCUGAAUGUGCACUAAAGGGUUGAGCGUGUGUUUGCCAAUACUGUGUUCACAUAUCAGAUACUUGCUGAACAGUUCCAGACUGGAUGCUGAACUCCUGGGAUAAAAUGGAAGGUCCACCAUUAAGGGGAGAAUGUUUUCCAGUGUUAACAAGGGACAGAUCAGCAUUGUAUUGCUGUUGUAUUGUCUUAAAUCGCCUUCCUUGUCACCCUAAAAUAGUGUUUGAACAGCCUAUAGCUGCACACGUUAGCUAUGUUAUUUGUGUUACCAGGGAGACAAUUAUGUUGUAAUCUCUGUCUCUGAAUGUCCAAUUACCGAAACAGCCUAAAGAAAACUCCACCUCGAAGUAUCUCAGACAUAUUUUAAAAACAUCUCUUCUGGAUUUUAUCAGUGGAAAGGCGGUUCAGAGAGAUCCUCCUUUAAAAGUCAGAAUGCAAUGCAGCCAUAUGACAGGUUGAAGUGUGCAGUAGACUGAUUUUUACUGUGUCAGAGGAUGUGAAGGUGGGUUUUAGUUUACUGAGUGGCUAUCUUCAAUACAGCGCAUGUAGACUCUGGUUGUAUCACUGGUUCCUCAAAUCUUGAAAGUAUAAUGUGAUUGCAUUGCCUUGAACCCGUGUUGUUUCUGACAAAGUCCCAUUUUAAGUUAAGUUAUGCACUCUUUUUGGCUUUAAAAGCAAAGCUGACAUUAUUUGCUGUUGCCAUCUGUCCAUUUGAAAUGGACACUAAUGCAUAUUUAACAUGACCUGCUAUCAAAAGGCAAAAUGUCUGAUAUUUGUAUGUGAUAACUGUUGAUGUAUCUGCUGUAAUAAGGAAUGGCGGCUGAAAUCUUUGACAGUAAAAUAGUUUUUUUUUUUUCAGA